AUGCUGCAUGUUGGCUGGAUGUGCGACCGGUGCGCCGUCCAGCGGCUGGGGAACGGAGUGGUUUGGUUUCGGGACCCCCCCCCCUUCACCGUCGCCUGCCCCGGCCCCGUCGGAGGCCAACGCCACGACAGACCUCAUCGUCGUGUUCGAGGUGAGAUGGAGUGUACAUUCAAUGGGUCAGAACGGCGGCGGGUGGGCGGCAGCAUGCACGUUCCCGGUUGUCGCGCCUGCUGCUGGAUACCCCAUGUUCUUGAGCAGCUCCCGCCCCCCCGACCUACGCACUCAUGGUUAUGCCCAGCAGGUCUUACAAUCCACUGCCCCUCCCCCCUUUUCUUCCUACAGGAUAUAUUCUACAUCCCAAAAUUGAACCUAAUGUGCGGGGCAUCGCCCCUGCGAUUUAAGAUGCUGGCCCCUGUGUUUGGACUGUCUACCGAAUGCCACAUGCCUGGGCUGUGCCAGCACGUGUUUUCCAACACGAUUUUCGGCUUCAGCGGCAAGGUGACAGAAGCGGAGCUCCAGAAGCUGCAGACGUGCCUCCCUGGCGCGCUCUACUACAAGGAGGAGAACCAGAUCGUGCACAAGGCGGAGGACGACGCCUUCUGGCGCCCCCGCCCCCUGGAGGAGCGGCGGGAGCAGGCCGGCCGCGGCGCGCUCGGCGGCCGCCGACGCAUGCAGCAGGGUUUGGGCGGUGCCUCCCCCCUCCCCACCCUGCACUCCUUCGAGGAGUCGGUGAAGACAGACGGCACGGAGGGCGCGCCCGUGGACGCGGCGGGCGUGACCGGCGGCCCCGCCAUGGCCGCCCCCGGCGAGAAGACGGAGGUGCUGGGCACCAAGAUGUGGAACCUGGACCGGCUGGACCAGCGUGACCCGCCCCUGGAUGGCAAGUAUCGGUAUGGUACCGCCGGCACCACUGGCACCGGCAACGGCACCACCAUCUACGUCGUCGACUCCGGCAUCAAGAAGGACCACCAGGAGUUUGCGCGGUGGGGGGGCGGCGCGUCCCGCGCCGCCUACGGCUACGACUUUGUGGACAACGACGACAACUGCGACGACUGCGACGGGCACGGCACGCACGUCGCCGCGACCGCCAUCGGCCUGACGGUAGGCGUGGCCAAGGCUGCGUCGGUGGUGUCGGUGCGCAUCCUGGACUGCGAGGGCAGCGGCACCAUCUCCAACACCGUGGCGGCGCUGGACUGGGUGGCGGCCAACCACGCCGCGCCCGCCGUGGUCACCCUGUCCCUGGGCAUCCAGGUGGGGUCCUGGUCGCGCGUGCUGGAGGACGCCGUGGCCGCGCUGGUCAACACCCACGGCAUCACCGUGGUGGUGGCGGCGGGGAACUCGGGCGUGGACGCGUGCUAUGUCGCGCCCGCUAACGUCCCCGCCGCGCUCACCGUUGCGGCCUCGGACCUGGCCACCAAGUACAACGGCUCGGGGGCGGGGGAGCCGGACGGCGUGUACAAGUGGAGCAACUCGGGCCCCUGCAUCAAGCUGUUUGCGCCCGGGGUCAACAUCUACUCCGCUUGCGGCGGCUCCUCGCGCUGCGCGGUGGUGGACGACGCCGCCUACACCUACGCCUCGGGGACCUCCAUGGCCGUGCCCCACGUGGCGGGCGUCGCCGCGGUGUACCUGGAGUCCUACCCGCAGUCCACCCCCGCCGACGUGUCCAGCGCCAUCCUGGGCGCCGCCAGCCAGGGCAAGAUCGGGGCCGACGCGCUGCCGGCCUCCACGGCCAACCUCCUGCUCUACUCCCGCGUCAUCUCUGACGCAGCGGUGCAGGCGGCCAGCGGGCCCUCGGGCUGA